AUGGAAGGAUAUGAACAAAUUUUUCGUGAAAAUGUAAUUCCCGAGGUACCCAAUUUAGCUAUUUAUAUUCCAAAUUUUAUUACACAAGAAGAAGAGGAUGAAAUAAUAAAGCAUAUUAAUAAUACUCCUCUACCAAAGUGGACACAAUUAAGUCAUCGUAGAUUACAAAAUUGGGGUGGUAUUCCACAUCCAAAAGGUAUGAUAGCAGAACAAAUACCAUGUUGGCUUCAAAAAUAUAUUAAUAAAGUGUCAUCCUGUAAUAUAUUUGAAAAGAAUAAGCAACCUAAUCAUGUAUUAAUUAAUGAAUAUUUAUCUGGCCAAGGAAUAAUGGCACACUCAGAUGGUCCACUCUUUUACCCUAUUGUAACAACCAUUAGUUGUGGUUCUCAUACACUUCUCGAUUUUUAUAAACGUCUCAACAGUACAGAGCAACAUCAAUCUAAUUUAGAAUUCAGUUUUCUGUUAGAACGUAGAAGUCUAUUUAUUCUUCAAGAAAACUUAUACCACAAUUAUUUACAUUCAAUUGCAGAAAGAGAAAGUGAUAUUAUUUCAAAAUCUGUGAUAAAAAAUUUAAGUAUAUGUGGAGAGCAAUUUUCAGAAGGAGAAGUAUUAAAACGAGGAAUUAGAUUAUCUUUAACUAUUAGACAUGUUCCAAAAACUAGCAAAUUAAAAUUAAGAAUUGGAUAA